UCCGUUGCCAGUAUAAAAGAGCUUGCUGGAUGUUGGUCCUCAUACUACUUCUGACAAGCAAGAUGAAGUUCCUCGUGAUCCUCUUCUCCCUCACCGUCCUGGCAUGGGCUCAAGAAGUCCCAGAGUGUGACUGUGGCGCCUUCAUUACUGAGGCUGCAGAGGAGGAAGAAGUGUUCCCCAUGGAGGCCUUCGAUGUGAAAAACUGUGAAGAUCAAAAGGAUUGUCAUGAUAGAUGCCGCACAGAGUGGGACGAAAUAACCAACGAAGGAGACCUGAAUUUCGAGCUUCCCGACGGCAAGACGGUGGGCCAGAGUAUGUGUGACGACCUGGCUGAGGAGGGUAAAGACGUCGUUGGGCCAACUGAAGUGUUCCUGUACGUGAGGCUCUGUGAUGGCCCGUGGGAGGACGACGGUGAGGCCACUAUGGAGAUGCUGUGUUGUGACGCAGGUCAACACGAACCCUGCGAGUAAAUACCAGCACACAGCCACCCCCUGAGACUUUAACAGCAACAUACAACGAGCCACUUACUAAGAUGUUUACUAUGGCAAUAAGUUUACUAUUAAGAUAAUGAUUCUGCAACGACUUCGAUGUAAUUGCCAACCUUUACUACCAGAUCAAAUUAAUGUCAUACUUUCAUCUACUCCAGUUUAUACUAAACACUGAUUCCCAACAUUGAUGUUAAGAAAUAUAUGUACCUUCACUUAGCCCCUUGUCACAUACACAACAUCUUAGGCAAUAAGCUAAAUACUGACAUCAAUAAAACCUUAACAGCU